ACUGCUGUUGCUGCUGCUCAGGAGAACCGACACCUGAAGUAGGAGGAGAUUACGUAUUUCACACAAGCGAGGUUUUAUUGUCUGGCUUUGCGGGUUUUCCCACAUGACUGAACGGCUGGUGGUUAUUGUGCCAAAAGUAAGGUAGUUCUGCUCCCAAAUGCAUUGCUUAAACAUGCAAGUCCUUGUGAUGGCAGCGGUGACAGAAACCAACAACGUCCACGCAGUGACUGAGGGGCUGGAAGGAGAUGACACCAAAUGCAGUUUCCAUCACAGAAUGUUCUUGGAACCCCAAGAGAAGAAGAGGAGCAUGAAGGCUCUGGUGGUUAAGCAAGCAAAGAAAACCUGCAGCUGCACUCCAAGCAAAGUUAAGGACUGUGUUUUUGGUUUCUUUCCCAUCUUACGGUGGCUUCCUAAAUACAAACUAAGGGAGGAUCUCCUGGGAGAUUUUAUGUCCGGGGUGAUUGUGGGGGUCUUACUAGUCCCGCAGUCAAUUGCCUACUCCCUCUUGGCUGGAGUGGAGCCUAUUUACGGCCUCUAUACAUCCUUUUUUGCGUGCCUUAUUUACUGCAUAUUUGGAACCUCCCGCCACAUCUCGGUCAGCAUCUUCGGUGUGACUUGCCUGAUGAUGGGGCAAGUGGUGGAUCGUGAAAUGGAGAGAGCUGGCUAUGACUUGGAACCAGCUGUGCUCAGCGUCCCCCCAGGUGCAGCAGCACACGUGAACACCACCCCUUCACCAGUGAAUGGCACAGGGCAGGAGCUGCUGUGUGGCAGGAGCUGCUAUGCCAUUACAGUGGCAGCCACCGUGACCUUCUUGUCUGGAGUUUAUCAGGUGGCCAUGGGUUUGUUUCAAGUGGGCUUUGUCUCGGUGUACCUCUCCGAUUCAUUGCUGAGUGGAUUUGUCACGGGCGCCUCCAUCACCGUCCUAACCUCACAAGUCAAGUAUCUCCUGGGCCUGGACAUUCCACGGGCCGGAGGCAUCGGCUCUCUCAUAGUCACCUGGAUAAACAUCUUCAAAAACAUACACAAGACAAACAUCUGUGAUCUCAUCACCAGCUUCUUGUGCUUUCUUGUUCUUAUCCCAGCCAAAGAGCUUAAUGAACGUUUUAAAUCCAAGCUCAAGGCUCCAAUACCAGUUGAACUGUUUGUGGUUGUGGCAGCUACUCUGGCAUCUCACUUUGGGAAGCUGAAAGAGACUUAUGGCUCAAGCAUUUCUGGGCACAUCCCAACCGGGUUUCUGCCACCCCGCCCUCCAGACUGGACCCUCAUUCCCAGUGUGGCUUUGGAUGCUGUUGCCAUCGCUAUCAUUGGCUUUGCCAUCACGGUCUCCCUCUCGGAGAUGUUUGCCAAGAAGCAUGGUUACUCUGUGAGGGCCAACCAGGAAAUGUAUGCCAUUGGCUUCUGCAACAUCAUUCCCUCCUUCUUCCAUUGCUUCACAACCAGCGCAGCUCUUGCCAAGACUCUUGUCAAGGAGUCCACAGGCUGUAGGACGCAAGUCUCUGGCAUGGUGACCAGUUUGGUAAUCCUGUUAGUCCUCCUUGUGAUUGCACCUUUAUUUUAUUCCCUUCAGAAAUGUGUCCUUGCUGUCAUAACCAUCGUAAACCUCAGAGGAGCCCUGCGGAAGUUCCAGGACCUUCCAAAAAUGUGGCACUUGAGCAGAGUGGACACAGUGAUCUGGGGAGUUACCAUGGCAGCCACAGCACUCAUCAGCACCGAGAUUGGUCUUUUGGUUGGUGUUUGCUUCUCCAUGCUCUGCGUCAUCUUCCGAACUCAGAGGCCGGAGGCACCGCUGCUUGGCUGGGUGGCAGAGUCCGAGACCUACGAAUCCCUGUCUGCUUACAAGAACCUGCAAACCAAGCCAGGGGUCGUGGUGUUCCGUUUCGAAGCCCCACUCUACUACAUCAACAAGGAGUGCUUCAAAUCCACCCUAUACAAACAAACCGGGGUCAACCCAGUCUGGGUGAAGGCAGCAAAGAAAAAGGCAGCAAAAAGAAUGCUUAGAGAGAAAGAGGUGGGUUCUGGUGACAACCAGACCAGCAUCUCCAUGGAUUUUGUGUCCGAACCUCUGGGGUUUCACACCAUAGUGAUUGACUGUUGUGCAAUGCAGUUCCUGGACACGGCAGGAAUACGCACGCUCAAGGAGGUCUGCAAGGACUACAGGGAGAUCGGUGUCCAUGUGCUCCUGGCCCAGUGCAAUCCUUCAGUGAGGAGUUCCCUGAUCCGAGGGGAAUUCUUUAAAGAGGGGGAGGACCACCUUCUCUUCCACAGCGUGCACCAGGCUGUGGACUUUGCAUUGGGCACCCAGGGGCAUAGUGGGACCAGUGCUUCUAAGGACUAGCUGUGGUGAGACAGCAAGUUGGAACAAAGCUUGGGAAAAAAUGUCUGUGGGUCUGUAUAUCUAUGCAAUCAAUAUGUGUGCACUCAGAUAAAAAGGGCAGGGUGGUUCUUAGCACACUGGUUACUGUGCAGUCUGCUUGGAUGCUUUAAAUUUGCCUGCCAGGUGCAGUGAUUCAAUAGGCAGUACUGAAUGAAGGCAGUUCUUAACUUGGUUAUGGCUAAUCUGUGACUCUUAAGAGUUUUCAUAUGGUUGUUCAUCUCAUUUCUCUUCUCUCUUGAACUUUCAGUGUCCCAGUUCCCCUCUAAGUUUUGAUCAUCAGCACUGAAGUCUUUCUUGCAACCCUGUCUUUGUGGAUGGGGCAGGAUUCUGAAGUAGUCUGAUCAUCCUGUCCAGCUGAAGACCGAGGCAACUCAUUUCUUGUCCCUCAUUUUGGCAUUUCCACACCGUUAUGUUUGCUAAGGAAUGGCUGACAGGGACUGUUUGCUCUGGUCUUUACUGUGCAGUGUUUGCUUUUUUAACCUUCCUGAAUUUGAUACAGGUAGAUAAAUCAAAUCUAAACAUGCAUGAAAAGGUCUUCAUGAAUAGCUUCUAACCAACCACCUGUCACCUCCAGAGGCUUUGGCACUGUCUCCUAAUCCAGCCAGGCCAUGGGGGCAUGGUUAUCUUGUUUUUGCAGGCCUUUAUGUGCCUGUGCCUAUGGAAACAUUACCUCUCUAGUUUGAUUUUAAGUAUGUUUAUUCAGAGGUGACUGCUUAGAAAUCUGGUUCAUCCUUAUGGUCAGUCAGUUGUUUUCCUAAUAUUUAGGAGCUCUUUAGAAUUGUGGGCAUUUGAUAUGGAAAAUAUCUAGUUCUUGAGCUUCAGCAGAAAACAGUCCCUUAUAGGCAGUUUUAUAUGGCAGGCAAACAGAAUCACAGGCACCAAAAUGGAAAGGCCCAAAUAGAUUAUCCAACAUCUGUCUAAAUGGGUUCAUGUCACACAGACUUUGGGUGUGAAUGCAGGUUUUAUUGACUACGUGCUCUGCCAUGGACUUUAUGCAAGGGGGAUGCACAGACCAAGAAAUACAGUCAUUGGAAAAGCCAAGAAAAUUCUUUGAUGAACUUUGUUUCACCAGGACAGUGUAAACAGAACUUUUUACUUGGAUUUUAAAUUAUUCAGAACAGUGAAGAGUGCCUGUUCUUCAUGCUGAAAUCCAAGCACUGGGUAGGAAGAGGUUCUCUUUCCUUACAGUGAUAGAAUACAAUUAUGAAGGCAGAAUGGAGAGAUUAAGAGUGCUUGCUGAGUACCAGCUAUACACAGCACAUCUUUGGAAGAUGGUACUUUCUCCCAGGGGAGUUUACAGUCUGAACUGCAGGUGCUUCACAGCUUUUAAAAGGGAAGGGUGCUGUAUACUGACAAUGUUCUCAUCCUUAAUCAUUCAAAAAUAUUAAGUCGGGAGUCAAAAAAGGCAUAAAAUACAAUAUGAAUUGUGAAACGUUUACUAAAUCAAAAUAUAUUUUGAGUUUAGACUGUUUUCUUCUUUUCUGGUUAAGGACCAGUAACGAUUCUCUUCUUUCUAUGAAAGCUGAAUGUCACGUAACACUUCACUCUAGGAGAUGGGACCUCAAGAGGAUGAGACAGCAGGAAGAUAAGUCCUUUAUAUGUUAACUGAACAUGCUACAUUUCUUUAGGACAUCAUAGCAGCCUGUAGAAAUACUGGGGGAGGUGGGGGGUGGCUGUAGCACAUAUUGAAAAGGAGCAUAUAACUGA